AUGACUUUCAAGGAGCGCAGGCUCCGAGCCGUCUACAAAGUAGAUCGAGUCCCCUGUGAUUCUGGCGGAAUUAUAUCUAGCUCACCUGAGCUACCCAGCACUACAUUAUCAGACUCGGCAUCGUCGCCAUCGACAACGACAACUUUGAGUUCUUUCCCGUUGCCAUAUAGAUCCCAAUCAGCGACAGACUAUCGCUCCCCCCAUGCUGAGUAUCCUCCGGCUACAUAUCCACUGACAUCCCAGGAAUCCCGACCUUAUUAUUCAUCUCCAAGCCAUGCUUUACCGGGAAGAUUCUCAAUUCCUGCAAACUUUCAUCUCCAGACAAGUUCUGAGUCACAACAGAAAUUAGAACCCAAUCCGACGACUAACUAUUUCUCUUCUCCCCGAAACUGGCAAUCCAGGGACUUUAAAUGGCCACAGUCGCGAUCACAAAGUAGCACGAAAUACGUCCCCAAGAGUCGGAGAUAUGAUCAGCGCCGGGUGACUCCUAGGAAUGGAUUUCUUCAUCCUGGGAAAAAGUAUCACUUACCAGGUCCUAACAAUCAAGCCGUUGACCGGAAAGUCCAGGAUGGCAGGAAGAAGAGGAUUCCGGCUCUAAACGAUGGCUCGACAACGCGAUCAUCCAGUAAUGACAAUCAGCCUUCUGAGCGGCCCCGUCUGGUCAACUAUGCUCUUCCUGCCAGUCUUGAAGACGACGAAAAGGAAGAAGAGCCCCCAUCCCACCAGAAAUCUGCUAUGAGUGUAUCGCGCUACGUCUCUCCAAAGGAUAACGAAGAUGAUUCUGUACAAUCUAUCCGACAAUCCCAAUACUGGACACAAUUAAAACACGACCCCAUAUUCUCCGAUUUAUCUACGGGUAGUGAGACGAUAUCCAUCUCAGACUUGAAACAACGGCGAGACCAAAUAUUGCAAAACCAUGCACCACCACCUCGUCAGACAGUCGUCAUGAAGGAGCAGGGUACUCAGACCGAUCCCGAGGAAAUCCCAUUUUCUCAACCGAGGUCUCCUACGGAAUAUGCGAUCCGGGCAAGAGAAUCAUCAAAACAAGAGCAGCAACAGUUUAUUACCCCAAGGCCAAAGAGUGUGCCGCAUUCCAGGAAGAGAUCUUACACCCCGAAACAAGGAAACCAAACUCAUCAUCGGACUUCUUCCCUCACGGAUACUGAUAGUCCGCGUACGCAUUACAUGCAGCAAAUAGAUGGGAGAAGAGGUUCCAAACGGUCCAGGAGUGUCACGGAGGAUGAUCACGAGGAGACCGACUCCUUCGCGCAUAGAAGGAAACUAGGAGACGGUGGAGGAAGCAAUCAAGGUCCAUUUUAUAGUCGAAAGAGAUAGAUUAUGACUUGAUCGACUCGAUUUUGGAAGUUUACGCGAUUGUAUGGUUGAUAUGCAUGGAUGGAAGUUAAUAUUGCAUUUUUG